AUGGCAAUAAGAUAUCUGAUUCUCCUCUCACGACAAGGCAAAGUGCGUUUGUCGAAAUGGUUCAUCACAGUAUCACAAAAAGAAAAAACCAAGGUCCUCCGUGAUGUAGCACAGCUCGUCCUAGCAAGACGUACCAAGAUGUGCAACUUUCUCGAAUACAAAGAUGCUAAGGUGGUAUACCGCCGAUAUGCAUCACUCUUCUUUGUAACCGGGAUCGACAGCACGGACAACGAGCUCAUCACAUUAGAGAUCGUACACCGUUACGUGGAACAGAUGGAUAAAUAUUAUGGGAACGUGUGUGAGCUGGACAUCAUAUUCAAUUUCCAGAAGGCAUAUUUUAUCCUGGAUGAGCUUUUGAUUGGGGGAGAGAUACAGGAGAGCUCUAAAAGGACCGUCUUGAUGUGUAUAUCGCAGCAGGAUGCGAUUGAGGACUCAGAGGCGCAUCACGAAGGGUUGGUAAGAAUGGGAUUUCAAUGA